AUGGGGACUCGGAUAAUGCCGAAUUCUUCGCCUGGCGAUCACCCGAUAGAUGGCUCGACAGCUUCCUCUCACAUCGCGUUAGGCGACCCGGCCUCUUUUCUUGGUAUUCAAUUCGGCGCCGACCCGGCUGUUCUCCCUCAUGAACAUUCCUCCAUACUCCAUCCUUGGCUGCCAUAUGGCAGCAAUCACGCGUCGCCCUCGUCGCUGUCGCCGGCUCCGAACUACUUGGACUACCACCAGUACCAUACGCCUCAGCUGUUGCAUCGUCAGGAUGCUUGGAAUCCGCUCCAGGUGACUGGAGUCCCGUUCAACCCGUCGGCUUUCAAUCUCCAGCCCAUGGGAAAACCCUACCAGAUCAAUGACUACAUUGACCGCAGGUGCUCCACCGGGCAGUACAGCACCCCCUCGGAAAAUGACAGCCAGUACAACGGGCUUGCAUCGGGUGAUUCAGGAUACGGCAGUCGAAGCUGUACCACGCGCUCGAUAGCUGCGUCUUCCUUCGCGGUAGACUCGGCUUGCAGUCCUUAUUUGGCAGCGCAUGAGCAUGAACUGGACGAUGGAAUGUCAACGUUCGAUCUGGGGCCAUCAGGCUAUGGUGAUGUCGCAGAGAAAACAGCACCACCCAAUGCUUCUUGCGAUGAUGAGAUUACGUGCGACUAUCCCAACUGCAUUUGGAAAGGAAAAUGUCCAUCCGACAAAAGGAAACACGAGGCAAGACAUCGGAGGCUGUUCAAAUGCGAUCAACCUAACUGUAGCCGCAAGGAGGGCUUCGGAACCAUCAAUGACCUAGCGCGACACAAGAAAUGUGUCCACAAACAAGAACCGGAACGCGGACCCAAGAUUCUGUACUUGUGUUUUGGGCGCAAUUGUCCCCGCAGACAUAAGAGAUGGCCUCGACUGGACAACUUCCGUCAACACCUUUUGCGAAUGCACGAGGAUGAAGACGCCGAUGAGCUUCUGAAGAGGUCGCACGAGUGGUACAAUAGUAGCAUGCAAGCGAGUGAGUUGCCGCUUGCUGCAGUCGACCACAUGUCUGAGAAAGACUCAACUCCAGAAACGCAGCUGCCGGCUGAACCGGACUGGGUGAUGGAAGAUCUGAAUCAGACUCCGUGUGUUCCCGACGUCGCGGACGAGAAGCUCACCAGAGCAAGAUCGCCAGAGAACGAAGAUCACGUCUUGAGCCCGAUCAAAGACACCAGCGAACAGGAACGUGACCAAGAACCCGUGGAUACCGCACUCAUGGCUACUUCAGAUACAGUUCAACUGCCGAGCUUCGGCACGCUCAACUUGGCUUCAGCACUAGACCAAAAGCCGCCAAUCGCGCACCAAGACAACAAGAGGAACGAGCACAUAGAAGAAUUCAUAGCGGACGCUGCGACUAAUAUGAUCAAUGCACUGACGAAAAUGAUGAACUCCAACCCUCGACGGCAUUCUCAGCAGGCAUACGACGUAGACGAUAUGACCGGUUCUAGUACCGAGCUGUGCAGUCCAAAGAAGGAAAUUCUCCAGCGGAUAUUGAUUGCGGCUUUGGACCGUCUAUAUGAAAAGCCCGAUCCACCUCGCGACAGUACGUCGAAAGUGCCCGAUCCAGAACCGGACAAGAAAGACUGGAUCCAAUGCGGAGUCUGCGCGAAACGAACGCGUUUGCGAUGCGAGAUGAAGAAACACCAGAAACGCCACGAGCGACCCUACGGUUGCACAUUCCCAAAGUGCAACAAGACAUUCGGCAGCAAGGCGGACUGGAAACGGCAUGAGAACUCUCAGCAUUAUCACAUCCAAAGCUGGUACUGUACCUUGUGCGAUCCGACGCAGGGGAAACGAUACGUGCGGUUGUACUAUCGUCAAGAGGCCUUCGUGCAGCAUUUGAAGAAGCAUCGUCACGUCGAUGACGAAGGGGUGCGAAUUGCGAUCGCGAAUAACCGCGUGGGCGAAAACGGACAGUCCCGAUUUUGGUGCGGCUUCUGUAGGGAGAUUAUCCCUCUUCGCAGCCAGGGUCGGGAAGCGUGGAAUGAGCGCUUCGACCAUAUCGAUUUCGAGCACUUCCGCAGGGGGCAGCGGAUUGGAGACUGGCUGCACUGUUGCCAUUCGACCGAGAACCAAGAACGAGCCGAAUCAAAGGGAAGAAGCAUGGCCGGCGGAAACGAGGAUAAAAGCCCGUUUGCCACAGAUGACCAGUCUGAGAAUGAAGGUGACGGCUGUAGUGAUUGCUUAUCGGACACUGCCCUGGACGAUGAUGGGAUAGCUGUCGACCAGGAGACCUCGCAGCAGAUGGUCUCUUGCGAGGAGAAUUCUCUUUCAAAGAGGUCGUUUAAACUGGAGGAUUCAUCCGAGCCUAGGAAUUCACAAAAACGAAAAUUUGACACAUUUGUGCCGAUGGUAGCUCCCUAUGGGUCCCACGCAGACGAUGGAUUCAAAUCAAGGAGGAGAAUCAGAACAGGCAUACCGCUACCACAGCCAGGGAGCUCGAAGGGGGCCCGUCAUGUCACGUUCGGUAACUGA